UGUUUACAUUUAAGUUGCCGUUCUUGCACAAGUAUUCUUUGCUUAAGAUUAAGCUUGUCUAAUAACGUAUUACAACAUUUUAACACGUGAUAAUUCGGAAGUAAAUGAUGGCACCUGUACGGUUUUUUGUAUCAAAUUUGCCUCAAAAUAUCGAAGAUAAAGAUUUAAUAAAAUUGUUUCAAAAGUACGGUAAAAUUCAACGUGUAGAAAUUAAAUUGAAAGAGAAUUUGCUAGAACCGGGAAACCUCAACAUAAUUGCAUUUGUUACACUAGAAAUAAAUGAAAGGGAUGUGAAUUAUUGUUUAAAUGAGUUAAAAUGGUAUAAAAUAAAAGAAUCAGUAAUUUCCGUGUCAUUGGCAAAAGAGUCUUUUCUUGAUCGCUUAGAUCGUGAGAGACAAGAAGCAAAGCAAACCAUUUCCGAUAAUGUAAAAGUUCCAAAAUGUGAAACAAUAAUACUUAAAUCAUCAUUUCUAAACACAAAAAAAAAAUUUGAUGAAGAUUCUGAUUUGAAUGCAGAUAUCGAUUCGCAACUGCUCAUAGCAAAGAAGAGUGCGGCAAAUUCAAUUAGCAAUGGAAAAAUUGUCAUACAAAAUCUUAUUAAUAAUCCAAUUCAUAUAAUUAGCCAAAGAAGUGAACAGCUAAGCAAGAAAUUGGACCCAAAAUCUAGUUCAGCAGACCAAAAGCGUAAGGAAUCUUUAAUGAAAAUGAAAAAUCAAUACAAUAAGAACAAACUUGUUAUUCAGCAAGCAUUAUCAGGUUUGGAGUUUUCAAUGGGUAAAAAAAUUAAAUUCACUGAGGAGGAAGAUAAUAUGAAUAAACAAACUCGCACUAAUAUUUUUGGUUUUGAUGAUGAAACUAACAAAACUGAUCCUGAUGUUUAUCUGAAAAAUAAAUACAAUAGUUUAAAGAGUGAAAAACUUUUUGAGUUACAAAAAAAAAACACUGAUUCAAGAUUUAGAAUAGAUGCAAGGUUUUUGGAUGAGAAUGAAAAUGUUAAUUGUUACGGCAAUCAAUCUGGGGAACUCGAUAGUGAUAUUGGUUCACACGAGGAGCGUAAUUGGCAACUUGAUAUACUCGAGCAAGUUGUAGGGACUAAAUUAAAUACAGAAAAAUCUGUUAAAAACAAAAAAAUGUUAAGAUUUGAUCCUUCUAAUGACGAACAUCAGAAAUAUUUGCACCAAAAUAAGUUAUCUUUGACAGACGGCAAUUUUAAUGAAAACAAAAUUUGUGAGAAAAAAAUUUUGGAGAAUUAUGUGGUAUCUAAAGAUGUGUUUUAUGAAGUGUCAAAUACAUUAACGCAAUCGCUUAAAACUAAAACAUAUGGCUUUAGUUUAUUAAAUAUGUUUGGAAAGGAGGAAAAUUUAAAUCAACGUGAGAAACAAUUUAAAAAAAAUGCUAACAAAAAGAUACUUUUAAGUAAAUCUGAUAUUUUAAUUACCGCAAAUCCAUUUCCUUAUGACUCAUCUUCUGCAUCCGAAAAUGAACUGGAGAAAGAAAUUGAAACUUCUUUAAAAGACAAAACAUGGAAUAAACUUAGGAAAAAUAACGUUAUUACAGAAACCUUUUUUAUGUCAAAAAAUGAUGCUAGACUUAAAGAUGGUUAUAAAUUUUAUAAAUAUAACAAAAAAAGUGAAAACCAGGAAAGUUAUGAAAAUGUUCGUAAUCAGCUAAAAUAUCUUAUUAAAACAAAAAUAAAUAAAAAUAAAAAAAAUGUGACUCGUUUUCGUUUAAAUGGCCAAAUAUUUCGUGCAUAUCAACCAGUAACAUUUGUUUCAUUUGAGUUAGCGCAGUAG